AUGCGCAAGCUCUAUCUUGAUAGCAAACGAUCGAAUUCAAAGAAACAAAGUACUGGUCCUUUUAGUAGAGGAUGCUCAAAAGUCGAUAAUCGGUCUCAGGUCAUCGACAAAGAGAAUUAUAAUCCAAAUAUUUCUUCAUCAUCUAAUAAUUUUCACACAGUGCGGAACUUGAAAUAUGUAACCACAUCAGCAUCAUCAAGUACCAUCACGACCAGUGGUCUUCCUUUGAAUAACGAAUUUACCACUUCUACAAGUACUCGGUUUUCUAUUGUUUCAAACAUUGUUACACAAAGCAGUAACUCCAUUGGUCAAUCGUCCUCAACGUUAACAAAGCUGAAUUCCGGUAAACAAAAGCUUUUACCUAAGAAACGCCGUAUUGAUCCUAUUCCAAUGUUAGAUCUUACGUCUGAUGAUGAGAAUGUAGACUUUGCUCCCAUUCAAGACCCUUAUUAUUUGGAUCAUGGUAAUCAAAGCCUUAAAUGUGAGAUGUGUGAUUCAUUCUUAUGGACUGACGAAGGUGGUAAAGGGAGAAUUACAUUGGGUAAGUUAAGCUAUAGCUUAUGUUGUGGUUAUGGAAAAGUGGAGCUUCCGGAUUUGAAAGAGCCUUCUUCAAUAUACAAGGAUCUAUUUGCAAAUUCUAAUGAAAACAACAAGUAUUUUCUAAAGAAUAUCCGUCGAUAUAAUUCUAUGUUCGCAUUCACAUCCAUGGGUGGAAAAGUAGAUUCAAACAUCAAUAGUGGAAGGGCACCUUAUGUAUUUCGUAUCAGUGGACAGAAUUUUCAUUCAUUAGGUGGUUUGGUACCUGCACCUGGAAAACAGCCAAAGUUCUCCCAGCUUUAUAUUUAUGACACUGAGAAUGAAGUUUCAAAUCGAAAUAAGUUGUUCAGUGACUCCACAAAUAAGUCCGACUUGCAUUUAAAGCAAAUAGAUCUUCAUCUCAUAAAGUUUUUAAAAGACUUCCUGGAUAAUAAUAAUCAGUUGGUUAAAAGUUACAGAAUAGCAAGAAACCACUUCAAUGAUAAUCCUAAUGAGAACUUCAAACUUCGUAUCAUUUACAAAAGAGAUCUUGAUGGUCGUACUUACAACUUGCCUUCAUCUUCUGAAGUUGCUGCAUUGAUUGUUGGUGGUAUCCAACAAAUAGUUGACCAUCGUGAUAUUGUUGUUGAGUCUCACACGAAAGGUCUUCAACGAAUAAGUGAACUUCAUCCAUCAUAUCUUGCACUUCAGUAUCCAAUUCUUUUUCCCAAUGGUGAUGACGGAUAUAGAAUAGACAUUCCUCAUAGGGAUGGUAUAAGUACUUUAAAGAAAAUUAGUCCCCAGUGUACAAUGAGAGAAUUCUUUGCUUAUAGAAUCCAAGAUCGAUCAACUUCAUUUUCGCUAAUAUUAAAUGCACGCAGAUUGUUCCAGCAAUUUUUGGUUGAUGCAUAUACCAUGAUCGAGAGUGAAAGACUUAAUUAUAUCUGUUUUCAACAAAAACAUCUUAGGUCUGAAUCAUACACAAAUCUUCAGAAAUUUAAGAAUGAGGGAAAAGAGGAUCUAUCUAAUACUGGGGUACGGUUAGUACUACCAUCAUCUUUUACUGGUGGGUCUCGGUAUAUGCAGCAAAAUUAUCUAGAUGCUAUGGCUAUUUGCAAAUGGUUCGGGUAUCCUGAUUUUUUCAUUACGGUGACAUGUAAUCCUAAGUGGCCAGAGAUUAUCCGAUACCUUCGAAAUACUUCUAUUAAGCAAGAGGACAGACCAGAUAUUAUGUGUCGUUUGUUUAAGAUGAAACUGGAUUCAAUCAUAAAGGAUUUGAAGGACAAGAAAGUCUUUGGAGCACUAAGUGCAGCGGUUUAUACUGUUGAAUUUCAAAAGCGUGGAUUGCCACAUGCUCACAUUUGUAUUUUUUUGAAACCUGAAUCCAAGCUUCUCUCCGUUUAUCACGUAGACAAAUUCAUAUCUGCUGAGAUACCAGAUAAGAAUCAAGAUCCCGCUCUUUAUGCUCUUGUAUCCGAGUUUAUGAUUCAUGGUCCAUGUGGAAAUGCAAAUCCCAAUUGUCCUUGUAUGGUUGAUAAUAGAUGUUCUAAAAAAUUUCCAAAAAAAUUCAUUAAUGAAACAAUUACCGAUGCUGAAGGUUUCCCUGUAUACAGAAGAAGAGAUAAUGGAAACACCAUUAUCAAGUCCAAAGUUCAAUUGGACAACAGAAGUGUCGUUCCAUAUAAUCCGCUUCUCUUGAAAAGAUACCAAGCUCACAUUAAUGUAGAAUGGUGCAAUCAAGCGGGUUCUAUCAAAUAUUUGUUUAAGUACAUUAAUAAAGGUCCAGACAAAGCAUCGCUUGUGGUGUCAAAUGGAGACGGUACAGAUAACGAACAAACAGCAAAGGAUGAGAUCAAAGCUUAUUAUGAUUGUAGGUACGUUUCCGCUUGUGAAGCUUCUUGGAGAAUAUUUGCAAAUGAAGUUCACUAUAGGUUUCCUCCAGUUAUGAGGCUUCCUUUUCAUAUGGAAGGUCAACAAAAUGUUGUUUUUGGUGCCGAAGACGAUAUUGAAGAAGUGUUGGACAAGCCAUCAGUCUCUUCAUCCAUUUUUUUAAAGUGGAUGGAGAUGAACAUAAAUAAUGAGGAAGCACGGAAGCUUACGUAUGUUGAGUUUCCUACAAAAUUCUGUUGGAAACUAAAAGAUAGAAAUUGGGCAGAACGUAAAAGAAAAUUAUUACAGAUUGGACGCAUUCAUUCUGUUUCCCCUGCUUUGGGUGAACCAUAUUUUCUUAGAAUUCUUUUAAACAAAGUCAAAGGACCAAGAUCCUUUGAAGAAAUUAGAACUGUUGAUGGCCAGUUGUUUCCAACCUUCAGGGAUGCAUGUUAUGCUAUGGGUUUGUUAGACGAUGACAUGGAAUACAUAGAAGCCAUUAAAGAAGCGAGUUUUACGGGAGAUGAUCUUGUAAUGUCAGAUGAGAGAUUGAAGAACAAGACAUUGGUGGAGAUUGAGAAGUACCUCAUUCGAAAUGGGUCCUCUUUGACACGAUGGCCAACAAUUCCAUAUCCUGAUUACGAUUCGUUUGCUGUUGGAAACAAUCGUCUGGUUGAUGAAGAACUGUCUUUUAAUGUUCCUCAGAUAAUGACAGCCGUUGAAGGCGACAAAGGAGGUGUAUUUUUUGUUUACGGAUAUGGAUGA